AUGAGAAAGCAGCUCGACCCCCGCAUUCCCGCCCUCAUCAACAAUGGUGUCAAGUCGAACCACAGAAGCUUCUUCGUCAUGGUCGGCGACAAGGGGAGGGACCAGGUCGUAAACUUGCACUUUCUCUUGUCCCAAGCACGAGUCUCAUCCAGACCGAACGUCUUGUGGUGUUACAAGAAGGAGCUUGGAUUCACUUCCCACCGAAAGAAGCGAGAGGCCAAGAUCAAGCGAGAUGUGAAGCGUGGGAUCAGGGAGGCCAACGACCAGGACCCAUUCGAGCUGUUCGUGACCGUCACCGAUAUCCGAUAUACCUACUACAAGGACAGCGCAAAGGUUCUUGGUCAGACAUUCGGCAUGCUGGUCCUCCAGGAUUACGAAGCCAUCACCCCGAAUCUGUUAGCGAGGACAAUUGAGACUGUGGAGGGUGGCGGUAUCGUCGUGUUGUUGCUGAAGACAAUGACCAGUUUGAAGCAGCUCUAUGCUAUGUCAAUGGAUGUCCACUCGAGAUAUCGUACUGACGCCCACCAAUUCGUUCAACCCCGAUUCAACGAACGAUUCAUCCUCUCUCUCGGCAAUUGCGCCGACUGCCUCGUUCUCGACGACGAGCUCAACGUUCUGCCCCUCUCAAAGGGCAAAGAUAUUCAGAUUGGCAAAGCUGGGGAGGAAGAUGACAGAGGGCGAAAGAGGAAAGCUGAAGAGCUGAAGGAGAUGAAGGAGAGUCUGGAAGGCGUGGAUAUCGUCGGAAGUCUGUCCAAACUGGCCAAAACGGUGGAUCAAGCAAAGGCGCUUUUGACUUUUGUGGAAGCCAUCUCAGAAAAGACUCUGUCUUCCACAGUGGCACUCACUGCCGCCCGUGGUCGUGGUAAAUCUGCUGCUCUUGGUCUUGCGAUCGGUGCUGCCCUUGCCCACGACUAUUCCAACAUUUUUGUCACGUCCCCAGACCCUGAAAACCUGAAAACGCUCUUCGAAUUCGUCUUCAAGGCGCUCGACGCCUUGGGCUACGAAGAGCAUAUUGACUAUGAUGUCGUCCAGAGCACCAACCCCGACUUCAAGAAGGCUAUUGUGAGGGUCAACAUCUUCCGAGGUCACCGACAGACCAUCCAAUACAUCUCCCCUGAAGACCACCACGUUUUGGGCCAGGCUGAGCUUGUUAUCAUUGACGAGGCGGCCGCUAUCCCUCUGCCUUUGGUGCGAAAGCUUAUCGGUCCCUACCUCGUGUUCAUGGCUUCCACCAUCAACGGUUACGAGGGUACCGGUCGAUCUUUGUCCAUCAAGCUCAUCCAGCAACUCCGAGAACAGACUCGACCCACCAUUACCAAAGACAACGACACCACCACUGGCGCUGGAAACGGCGGUUCGUCAAAGUCCGCUUCAGCUGGGCCUUCAGGUGCGGGUUUGGCUCGUUCUUUGCGCGAGAUCAAGCUUGACGAGCCUAUUCGAUACUCCCCCGGAGACAACGUCGAAAAGUGGCUCAACAACUUGCUCUGUCUCGAUGCGUCCAUCGUGUCCAAGUCUAUUCAAGGCUGCCCUCACCCUUCCAAGUGUGAUCUCUACUAUGUCGGACGAGACACGCUCUUCUCCUACCACCCCGCGUCUGAAGUGUUUUUGCAGAGGAUGAUGGCUCUCUAUGUCGCAUCCCACUAUAAAAACUCUCCCAAUGACCUUCAAAUGUUGUCCGACGCCCCUGCCCACCAUCUCUUUGUCCUGCUCCCUCCUAUCGAUGAAAACGACAACACCCUCCCUGACCCUCUCUGUGUACUCCAAGUCGCGCUCGAAGGCAACAUCAGCCGUGAUGCCAUCUUGAAGGAGAUGUCUCAAUCUGGCAUGCGCUCGUCGGGUGACAUGAUCCCUUGGAUUGUUUCGCAGCAGUACCAGGACAAUGACUUUGCCACCCUGUCGGGCGCCCGUAUCGUCAGGAUUGCCACCCACCCCGACUAUGCACGAAUGGGCUACGGCUCUAGGGCCAUCGAGGCUUUGACGUCGUUCUAUAACGGCGAGUUGUACAACUUUGAGGACGCUACCAACGACUCCGGCGAGAGUUUUGCCGAUGCUGCCAAGGUUGGACCAAACGCCUCUCUGCAGAACGAUACCAUCGCCAUCCGUGACCCUACGCGAAUGCCUCCCCUUCUUCAACGCCUCUCAGAGCGCAAGGCCGAGCCGCUCGACUACCUCGGUGUCUCGUUCGGUCUCACUCGUGAUCUGAUGAAGUUCUGGAAGAAGGCUGGGUUCACACCUUUGUAUGCCAGUCAGAAGGAGAACACCUUGACUGGAGAGUACACGUUCGUGAUGUUGAAGACGUUGCUCGGAGCAGGCAACGGGGAAUGGCUUGGCGCUUUUGCUCAAGACUUUAGACAACGAUUCAUGAACCUGCUAUCGUUCGAGUCUUUCAAGAAGUUCGAAGCCUCUCAGUCACUGUCUAUCCUUGAAUCCACCGUCCCCCGCAACUCGCCAUCUCCCCAACCUAAACCCCUUACCGCUUCCGAACUCUCCACUCUCCUGACACCCUUCGAUCUCAAACGACUCGAGUCUUACACCGACAGCAUGGUUGAUUACCACGUCGUGCUCGACCUGGUGCCCACCAUCGCCAACCUCUUCUUCGCCAGACGUCUCGAUGUCUCGCUUGCUCCCGCGCAACAAGCUAUCCUCUUGGCGCUUGGUUUGCAGAGGAAGAAUGUGGAAGCGUUAGAGACUGAAUUGGGUCUGACAGCUACCCAAACGCUGGCGCUUUUUGGAAAGAUUCUUAGAAAGAUUGCCAAGGCGUUGGAAGAUGUGCAGAAGGAGGGCAUCGUGUCUGAGCUUCCUGCCGAGUCUGCUCCCCGCGGGAAACAAAGCUUUGUUGCCUUGCAGCAAACCGUUGAGCAGGAACUCGCCGACUCUGUACCUCGCGUCAACCAAGGCGCGGAGACAGAAGAAGAGAAGCAGUCCAAGAAAGAGCAACGAGAGUUGCUAGAUUCUCUCGACAUGUCAGAAUUCGCGGUAAACCAAGGUGGAGACUGGUCAGCAGCGGAGAAGCAGGUGGAGAAAUUAGCGGAGGGCGGGAACGCGAGGUUGUCCAACACUGUCAGCGUCAAGUUUGACAAGGCGACGGAUGCGGAGGAAAAGAAGGGCGGAAAGGGCAAGGAGGCUGUCAAAGACGGGAAGAAGAAGAAGAGAGAUAGCUUGGGAGACAAGGGAGGCAAGAAGAAGAUGAGGAGAGAGUAG